AUGGCUGUAAACGGUUCUAGUAUUUGGAAAUAUGCUGAUAAAAAUGAAAUUGGUGUUACUUGUGUUGCUUUUAGCGGUGGUCAACCGAAAGAAGGAGUCGAUUUAGGACCAGAAUAUGUCUUGAAAGCUAAUUUAGUUGAACAACUUCAAGACAUGAAAUAUAAUGUAGUAUUAACAGGUGGUAAAGUUCAACAUUACAAAGAAUUUUUCCCUGAAUCUGAUGAACCAGUUGGUAUUAUUAAACGACCACGUACCGUUGGUAUAGUCAAUAAAAUUCUUGCAGAUCAAGUUUAUGAACAUAUUAAAGAAGGACGAUUAGCAUUACAAAUUGGAGGAGAUCAUUCAAUGGCCAUUGGAACAAUUAGUGGUGUUGCAAGAGGAAUUAAAGAACGUUUUCAACAAGAUAUUAAAGUUAUUUGGGUAGAUGCUCAUGCUGAUAUCAAUACCCCUGAAACAACAGAAACUGGAAAUAUACAUGGUAUGCCUGUCUCUUUUCUUAUGGGUCUUGUCAAGGGAAAAUUCGAAGGAUUAGAUUGGAUUGAACCAUGUUUAAAACCUGAAAAUCUCGUUUAUAUUGGUUUACGUGAUGUUGAUAAACUUGAAAAACAAAUUUUAAAAGAAAAUAAGAUUAAAUCUUUUUCUAUGCAUGAAAUUGAUCGAUAUGGAAUUGGUCAAGUUCUGGAUAUGACUAUCGAACAUUUAUCUAAAGGUGAUCGUGGUGAAUCACCAAUUCAUGUUUCAUUUGAUAUUGAUGCACUUGAUCCAAGUGUUGCUGGAAGUACAGGUACUCCAGUACGAGGUGGAUUAACAUUUCGUGAAGGACAUUAUCUAUUAGAAGCUUUACAUUCAACUGGACGAUUAGUUGCACUAGAUAUGGUUGAAUUAAAUCCUGCAAUAGGUGAUCAUUGUGAAGAUACAAUUGCUAUUGGAUGUAGUCUUAUUCGCGCAACCUUUGGUGAGUCUCUUCUGUAA